AUGCUGUUUAUGUUUAGAACAGGGCGAACGAUGUUUAAGGAGACGACUUCAUUCCAUUAUAUACGAGUUGUCAUCGCGACAUUAGUACUGCUAACAUACUCCCUUUAUCUGAGUUUUUUGUUAUAUCAAAUCUGGACCGACAUCCCCGUAAUACAACCUGCUCAUGAAUUCUUAUCAACAAUUGACGUUCCAGAUAUUGAAAUAUGUGGAUGGAACAGUGACAUUGAAAUUGUUCGAUGUGACUUUACAUGGCAAAAUUGGUCAGCGACACAAUAUGAAAAUUGCCAAACGCCGGAUGGAUUUCAGUAUAUUUAUGCUGGACCUCGCCCAGAUCCAACUGUUUUUUGUUACUUGUUCACGGCAAAUUAUACCACGUCGUUUGGAAUGGGAGUUCCGGAUACACUUAGAACUAUUGAUUUUUAUUAUAAAAUUCUGAAUCUUACAUCAGCGAUUAAGGCAUCUGUUUCUGUGGCUACUAUAGCUAUGCAAUUGUUCUCGCCUGAUUUCAAUCCGCUUUGGAAUAAGUCGAUACCAACGACAACAAUGGAUAAAUUUAUUGAUGCCGAUUUCAAAUUGCAAGGCAAUAACUUUGCUGGAAUUCAAAAUUAUUCGACAUCGGUGAAAUAUCGUAAAUUGACGUACCGAACAAUUCCCGAUCACGAUUUUAGAGACAUUCUUGGGCUCACACCUAAUUAUCACAACACUUCAGUCUUUAUUGCUUCAACGACGUAUUUUCCACUACAUGGAAAUAACUCAAAUUUCACGGCGAGCACGGAUACUGGACAUUUUGGGGUGUCGGUAGGAAGUUUUGUGCAUGAGUUGAAAAGUGAGAAAAGAUCACACACCGUUCUUGGUUCUUUGGGUGUCGCUGGCGGCGGUUUUGGGGUGAUAUGUGGAAUCUACAUACUUUUAUUUGGUGAACCUAAAUAUAAACCUUGGGGACUAAUGCACCGAAUGUUGAACUCAGAAAUUCCACAAAUAGGUGGUGAUCCUGACAAUAUUCCACUAGUUUCACCUGUAUAUAGUAAAAAUAUAUCUCGUCUAACACAUGAAGAACGUACAGCGCGUCUCGAAGACCGAAUAUACGAAUUAGAAUCGUUACUCACAGACUAUUUUAUAGACGCGAGUCCGCUACGAAAGAUCUCGGAAAAACGAGUAAAGAAAAAAGAUACGAGUGAUUAUGAGGGUCUUACUGUUUAG